GCCGGCCACGGCCGCCGCCCCGGGAGCGCGCGGCCGCCUCGGGAGCGCGCCCGGCCGGAGGAUGCGCCCGGCGGGACAACCCCGGUGGCCCGGCCGGGCACAGGUCUUCCUUUUCAGGAGAUUUUGGUGCUUUUGUUCACCUCUGCAACCCUUCCAGUUCUGCUCACCCCCUGCUUAGAGGAAAAAUACCAGAUGUGCACGUAGAGCUCCAGACGAUGGUGCUCUGGGGACUUCUGUGGCAGCACAGUGCUGUUCUUCUGAGAACCCUGUUCCUUCUUCCCAAACUGGAGCUGUGGAUGGAACACCGAGCUGAGGAGCCGAACAUUUUACUGAAGGCCUGUGUGUAGACCCUGAUGCUUGAAUGAAUGAAUGAAGAAUGAAAAUGCUCCCUGGAGUGGGUGUGUUUGGAACUGGUAGUGCUGCCCGGGUCCUGGUACCCUUGCUGAGGGCAGAAGGCUUCUCCAUUGAAGCUCUUUGGGGGAAGACUGAAGAGGAGGCCAAGCAGCUGGCAGAGGAAAUGAACAUCUCCUUCUACACGAGUCGGACUGACGAUGUCUUGCUGCAUCAGGAUGUAGAUUUGGUUUGCAUCAACAUCCCUCCACCACUGACUCGGCAAAUUGCUGUGAAGGCUCUAGGAAUAGGGAAGAACGUGCUGUGUGAGAAAGCUGCUACCUCCGUGGAUGCCUUCAGGAUGGUCACAGCUGCCAGGUAUUACCCCAAGCUGAUGAGCAUCGUUGGCAACGUUCUGCGUUUCCUGCCCGCCUUUGUGAAGAUGAAGCAGCUGAUAGAGGAGCACUAUGUGGGCAAUGUCAUCAUCUGCGACGUGCGAGUCUACGGGGGGAGCCUGCUCAGCCACAAGUACAACUGGAUCUGUGACGAGCUCAUGGGAGGGGGUGGCCUGCACACCAUGGGCACCUACAUCAUCGACCUCCUGACUCACCUCACCAGCAGGAGAGCUGAGAAGGUCCACGGUUUGCUCAAGACUUUUGUGAAGCAGAACACGGCCAUCAGUGGGAUCCGCCACGUCACCAGCGAUGACUUCUGCGUUUUCCAGAUGCUCAUGAGCGACGGCGUCUGUUGCACUGUGACUCUCAACUUCAACAUGCCUGGGUCCUUCAUCCAUGAGGUCAUGAUUGUGGGCUCUGCCGGCCGCCUCAUAGCUCGUGGGACAGACUUGUACGGGCAGAAGAACACUGCGCUCCAGGAAGAGCUGCUGUUUACAGACUCCCUGCCUGUCAACAAGGGCCUUUUGGAUAAGGGCUUCAAGGACAUCCCUCUGCUUUACCUGAAAGGCAUGGUGUACAUGGUGCAAGCCCUGCGGCAGUCUUUCCAAGAGCAGGAAGACCGUCGGACAUGGGAUCAUAAACCUGUGUCUAUGGCAGCCUCUUUUGAAGAUGGCCUGUACAUGCAGAGUGUGGUAGAGGCCAUUAAGAAAUCCAGUAGGUCAGGUGAGUGGGAGACUGUGGAGGUGAUGACUGAGGAACCAGAUGCCAACCAAAACCUCUGUGAGGCACUUCAAAGAAAUAACUUAUGAACAUUCCUACCUUGGAAAAUACUACUUCUGGCUGUAAUAUAAAAAACCCCAGUUUUUAAAAUAUGUAGAUUCUUAUUUAAUAGCCUGAGUUUCUUGAUUUUUUAAACAUGUAAAAUAUGUUCUCAUAGGAACAGUUCUGGUUUAAAUUGUUUGAAGAGUUUUAAAUGUUUCUGUUUUUUGCAAACAUUUAAUUUUUGUGUUGGAGACUGGUAGGAAAACUUGAAUUGCCCUUUGCACUUGCAGUAGCUGAAGUGAAUUGUGGGAUCUCUGCCAUUGCAUGGCUUGGAAAUGGGACACAACCCCUGUUGCACAGGUUGCUGAUUUAACCAUGAGAGCAUGUAGAGCAAGAUCAGGGAGUAUCUGUUGUUCAGAUGCCUUUUUCCUUUCUCUUGGAGACUGAUUUAUGUUUUAAUCCUCAGUUUGUAAAAUUUUAGAAAAGAGUUCAAUGAUGUAACAAGUCUCUGAACUCCUAUAGGACGAAAAGUAGAAGGAAUGAAUUAAAGUUAUUAACAUAAAGAUCAGCCUUUUGGCUUCCUGUAUGUGGUGAAUGUCUUUCAAAUUCAUUCAAACUGAUGUUUUAUUUAAAUGAUACUAUAAUUCUCUGUUGUUGGUGUCUUGGCAGGAAAAUAUUCAGGAAGUCUGUGAUGCAUUGAGCUAUUCUUCCAUAUCUGUAGACAUUAUUCCUUCUACUCAAGAGGCUGCCUGCAUCCAGCAGCUGUUUUUCCAUAAGCUCUGUGCUUAUGUCAGUUGUGUUUACUGCCUGGCAGCACCAGUGCCGUGCCUGUGGGGCCACGUUCUCAUUUCUGUGACUGUUACUAAAUAAAUGCCUCCCUGGGUCAUGGGAUUGCCACAGUGUCGUGAGUAACAAAGUUGUACAGCAUGAACCUUUCAGGGACCUGAAAGUGGAAGGAAGGAGGUAUUUCCUACCUCUUGCAGCUCUAUUCAUGUGCUGGCUGGGUAACUGUCACACUACACACAUCCUGAUAGUUGAGAGAACAGGGACUGAACUGCCAUGGGUAAAUAUGCUCUUGAUCUCAGACACUGGCUAUUAACCCUCUGGGCCAGCCCAUCUUCACUCCCUCCUGCAGCUGGUGUCCAGUGGCAGAUUUGUUGGCAGAUGAUGGGGUGGAAGUUCAUUCCUUUUGAGAAAUGUUUCUCUCUGAGGCAGGUAUGUGGAAAGGAUAGUCUAAUUUUACUACAUUUGUUUUGUGUACUUGAAAGCUUUUUUAAAAAUGUAUUUCCCACUAAAUUGUAACCCUGUGUAUUUAUGUAUAUUAACAUGCACACUGCUGUUCCAUAAGCUGGACCUUCCUGAAAAGUAUAAUGUUUUCUACAGAAAUAAAAAGUUGUGUUUGUUGAGGGAAUUCUCUA